UUUGAUACUUUGGUACAUUUGAAAAAGAUACGUAAACCUCGAGGUAUACUUUAUAUUACAAGUCGAGUUUGGCCGGUCAAAUUUCGCGCCCUUUUCGAGCCAGCGAAGGGCCGCGGGAUCAGCUGAGCUCGCAGCUGGACGCGGUUAGUCAAAUCACGUGGCGUCGCCGGACUGGAUGUACCCCUCGAUGCCUAUGCACCCCUCCGAUCUUCGCUAACUUCAGUGAUCUUCAAUUUCGUCCACUUCCGGUUGUACUCGGCUAACGGCGUUCGAAAGCGUGGCGUUCCGCCGGGUCCACGUUGCGUCCAGAAGGAAAGGAAGUCCACAGUCACGCGAAAUCGUCCAACUUUGCGCGCGCAACGUGGGGUUAAGUACUCUUGAGCGACGCACGUCGUAGGAGAAGAAAAGGCUGGUCUACAAUACAUGGAGUAAGCUGGACGAUAACGAUGGACCCUCACAAGCGACAACCAACAUCGGAAGAGCAAAAGCAAGAAAGGUUGCGGCAGACGAGAAAGAAGUGGCGGAUCGAACAAGAGUAUGAAAAAGAGCACGAGAAACGGAAGCUAAAAAUGAUCGAAAAGUACGAGAGAAACCGGGCCGAGGCUAUCAAGACAAACAAGAAGCAUUCUCUACACCAAAGACGAAGCAAGAGCAAUAGUCCACAACGAAGAGACGCUAGAUACCCUGAGCAUUCUAAAGAACGGAAUGCGCCAAUAGCUAACGGUCCAGAAGGUAUAAUUGAUAUGAAAGAACUGCAUAAAAUUAAGACAGAUGUUCAUCAAUAUGUUCCACCGGAGGAUCGGGACACGUCGAGCAAGAUAAAACGGGAUAUUCUAAAUCCACAUGAUAUAAUUCUUCCUCGAAGACAAAAUGAAGGUGAACAUCCACUGUUCCGAAAAAGUGAAAUAAAAGAAACCGAAGAGAUAUGGACGGUCUCAUUCUCACGAGAUAAGCAAUUGGAUAAGCAGUCAACAAGUUGGAAGAACGCUCACACAUCUGGAAGACCUGAUGGUGAUUCAACUCUGCGUCACCGAGGGAUAUUCACGAUUUCCGAGAUAGAAGAUUCGAUGAAAAACUUGGAGAUCAGUUCGUACAAGUCAACUGUGCGUCAUGAAGAAAGUGAUGAUGACAAUAAAAAAUAUAAUUACAACAGUUCCAGAAGGCAAAAUAGCUCAAUACGAGAUAGUAAAGAGAAAGACAGAAGAGGAAGCGAAAGAAGUUUAUCACCUAAUAGCAGUGCACUUUACAUCAGGAACCGCUCAAGAACUUGUUAUAGAAGUAGAAGUCAUUCGCCGAUCAGUGAACGAACUAAAGACACGAGAGACAAGAGAAAAUUUUCAUCUGGAACUUAUCCUGAUCAUUUACGCGGGUUAGAUAAUCGCGUGUUUCCAGAAACUUUUGCAAACUACCCUUUCUCUGGUAACUUCUACAACCCCUACGUGAGAUUUUGCGGAAUAAUGCCGAUACCCGAAAUACCGACACCCAGAAUACCCAUGCUUAUGCCACCAUUUCCGGUGGGUGCAUAUCUUAUGAGACCACCUCUUCCCAGGUUCGGCAAUGGCAGAGGAAGCCAAACUAAUCAAACCCGAUAGAACCCAAAAACACAUUUGAUAUUUAAUAAGAUAUAUUUACAGGGUUGGGUAAGAUCUUUCAUUUUAACUAACAAGUAAACGGUUGGAAGUGUCCCUCACUGAUUUCGAUGCGCUUCUUUAACUUUUUAACUUUAUUUAUCUUUUUAACUAUAGACACUACCCAACCCUUGCACAUUUAUAAUAAUUGUACUUCGAAUAAAUUUUAUAGUCUAGACACCUCCAAUCAA